CUUUUUUUUCCUUGCUCGGCCUCACGACCCUUUCCUCCACAACAACCUCACAACCCGCCUUUGCGCGCUUUACUAACCCUCGUGGAGGACACUCAUUAGGAAAGCGCAAGGGCUUCUUCAAAUAUUUCAACAUGCCUCUUUUCGUUCUCUCCGAGACGAGCGUAGGCUAUGCCUUGUUCAAGGCCAAGGACAAGAAGCUGCUUGACGACAGCGAGCUCGACUCCCGUCUUCAGACUGCCGAACAGAUCAACAAUGAGCUGAAGCUCAAGGAGAUCGUAAAAUGGGACAACGCUGCCACCGGUCUCGAAGAAGUGGCUGGCCUGGUCGAGGGCAAGGUCACUCCCCUGCUGACCAAGCUGCUCGAGUCCAUCAAGGACGAGAAGAAGGCCUCGCUCGUCGUCUCAGAUGCCAAGCUGGGCACCGCAAUCAACAAGCUUCCUCAAUUCAACAUCACCCCCGUCGCCGACUCUUCCACCAACGAUCUCUACCGUAACAUUCGAGCACAUCUUACCGACCUCAUCCCCGGUCUGGAGUCUGAGAACCUCAGGAGCCUCGCACUUGGUCUGUCCCACUCGUUGUCUCGGCACAAGCUGCGAUUCUCGCCCGACAAGGUCGAUGUCAUGAUUGUUCAGGCUAUUUCUCUGCUUGACGAUCUUGACAAGGAGCUCAACACAUACGCCAUGAGGGUCAAGGAAUGGUACGGCUGGCACUUCCCCGAGCUGGGAAAGAUCCUGAACGACAACCUCGCCUACGCACGAGUCAUCCUCGCAGUUGGCAUGCGCACCAGCACUGCCAGCACUGACCUUUCCGAUAUCCUUCCCGAGGAGAUAGAAACCGCUGUCAAGGCUGCCGCUGAAGUCAGCAUGGGUACCGAGAUUAGCGACGAGGACCUGCUGAACAUCACAAUGCUGGCAGACCACGUCGUCCGAUACACCGAGGUCCGCGCACAGCUGUCGAGCUACCUGGAGUCUAGAAUGAAGGCCAUUGCCCCUAACUUGACGGAGCUUGUUGGAACCCUGGUUGGCGCACGUCUUAUUGCCCACGCUGGCUCCCUCAUGAGCUUGGCAAAGAACCCCGGUUCCACCAUCCAGAUCCUUGGUGCCGAGAAGGCGCUGUUCCGUGCCCUGAAGACAAAGCAUGCCACUCCCAAGUACGGUCUAAUUUACCACUCUUCCCUGGUCGGCCAAGCCACCGGAAAGAACAAGGGCAAGAUCGCCCGUCAACUCGCUGCCAAGACUGCUCUGGGUAUUCGUUCAGAUGCCCUGACCGAGUGGGUCGAUGAGGAGGGUAACGAGGUUGAUGAGGACGAGCGGGCGUCGUUCGGUGUGGCUGCUCGCGCCAAGGUCGAAAACAACCUGAGGAGACUGGAAGGAAAGCCCCUGGUCCCCAAGGGUAUUUCUGUGGGCCCUAACGGACAAGCCGCCGCUCAACCAUCUAAGUGGGACGUCAAGGAGGCCAAGAAGUACAACGCCGACGCUGAUGGUCUGGAAGCCGAUUUUGCCACGGUUGAGAUUGACUCGAACGCUGGUGGCAAGAAGGAGAAGAAGGACAAGAAAGAUAAGAAGGACAAGAAGUCCAAGAAGGCGAAGCCUCUUAUUGAGGAAGUUUCAGAUGAGGAGAUGGCAGAUGCUCCUGCUCAGAAUGGAGCUGCCGCAAAACUGUCUGAAGCCGACUUCGAGAAGUACGCCGCAGCCGCCGGCAUCUCGGUGUCCAAGUUCAAGCGCAAGUACGAGCGCGGCGACGUCGAGCUCGCCGAGGACGGCACGCCAAAGGUGCUCUCCAAGAAGGAGCUCAAGAAGCUCAAGAAGGCCGAGGAGAAGGCCGACUCAGACGAGUCGCCCAAGAAGAAGCGCAAGGCCGACGCCGACGGGGAGGAGAAGCCCAAGAAGAAGAAGAAGAAGGCCGACGCAUAGAAGUGACGACCCUUCACGAUUAACUAACGGGCGUUAUCAUCUUUUUCCCUCUCUCUUACCGCGGGGGCUGUACUGGGUCGUUGUAUGAUACUAUGCAUAUCUUCCUGCGGCCUUCUUCUCAACCUUUCCAACAAUACUUCUGGCGUGUUGUGAGAGAUAUCCUUCUACGGCGUUUUCGGCGUGGCAUUCGGCGGCUCAGGAAUAGGGAAUUGGGGCUGUGAUUUGGCUUAGAAUUUUUUGAGUUGCUUAAAAACCGGAAAACUCAUUUUGUUGAGAUCUACUGUCAUAAUGUACUCAUGAGCUGGCGGUCGGGCGAUGUUUCCUGACGGGCACGGUUACGUUGGAAAGUAGGCGUUGUCUCCCCUGUCCAGGUCAAACAACGUCUUGGAUGUCACUGGCUCGGUCAUGCUCUUGCUCGCCCGAGAGCUACUGCUUGGCUCAUCGGAGCUGUAGCAUCUGAGCUCACCACAGAGUGAACACGUACAUUAAAUACAGUUUCAAAAGUCAUCACCA